AUGUUUCCUAUAAUCAAUAUAUCCUUGCUCACUGCCAUAUCCCUGUUCACCAUUCACUAUGCGUCAGCUUACACUUUUAUUGGGUGUACCGAUACUUAUCAGCCUCAAUUUACCGAACCUUCUGUAUAUCAUGCUGGAUCCGCUUCAGAUUGCGCCACACACUGCACAUCCCUUCAUACUCAUUACUUCUACAAUCAAUAUAACACCGGGACUUGUUAUUGCUCCAAUACCUCUCCCAGACCUCUUCAAUUCACUUACGGAGCCUCCGAUAUGGGUGGUUGUGAAGGUACCAAUUACGAGGUAUAUGCUAUCGAUAAGCCUGUUGAUCCGAUGACUUUCCAAGGAUGUUACACCACUGUCUCAGCGCCUCAACACCCAGGAAGUAGCAUCCCUACACUCGAAGGAUGUUUCUCAGCUUGUCCAUCAUCGAAAUCAGUCAUGUACUUCCCCAAUCCCGAUACUAAUUCCUUCGAUUGUAAAUGUGGUCCUACCUCUACCAUCGAUACUACAGGAGGAGGAAGUACCACAUGCGGUCAGUAUACUUGGUUCACAUAUACUCGCGAUUCCAUCUCAAGGAGAGAUCAGAGUCUUGGUAAAAGAAGAUUAAGUAAUCAAAUCAUUUUCUAA